GUGAAUCUGUGCUCCUCUGCCCGCCGCCGUCGCCGCCGAAGCCGCCGCACGCCGCUCGCCUUCGUGGUGCGAGCUGGAUUCAGAUACAGCUCCCAGCAGCCGCAGCUCCAGUUUGAGAUACGUCGCAUCCUCCGGAUAGCUGCGCCCGCUGCGUUAAGGCAAAGCUCCUUCUCGGUACCCGAUUCCGAUUUCGAUCCCCCUAAUCGCCAGCCGUCGGAUUUCACGGAUUAACGUAGUGCCCACCCGGCGAUCGAACCGAACGACACAAAAAUCCUUAGCCGUCGGCAAGUGCAACACCCAAAGUGAUGAAUAACAAGAUUACAAGAAAUUAUUAAACAAAAUUACAAUAAAUAAAAAAACACACACAAGAGAAACUCACAAAACAACUGAAACAUAUAGUAAAACCCUAUAAUAUAUCCACAAUUAAAACCUAUACUUUAUUUCCGAGUGCAUCGCGCGGAUCUCCACCUCGUGAUCGUGGAUCGUAACAUUAAGAUUUGCUUUAUAGUUUUAGUUAAAAGCAAAAAUUAAUAUUAAAUGACAGUGCACAGUAAUGAAACCGGUAUCUGUUUAGUAAUGAAUGCCGUUUCAACUCACCUUGCCACCUCGUCGCCCAACACGCCUCCAACCAACGCUCCGCAGAGUCCACCGUCGACCCUGCCCACGCUCGCCUGUCCCGCCGCCCAGCCGCUGAGUGCGCCCGGCAUCUCUGGGCCCGGCCACAGUGGCAUGGUGACCUCAACGGUGCCGCCGGGCGCCCGCUCCACCUCACCGUGCGGCCCGGCCGCCGGUCUGCCCGCCCUACCGCUGCCGCUGGUCGGUGGACCGCCGCCGCCAGGAGGACCGCAUUCAGCGGGACCACCGGGAGGAGGAGCGCCUGGAGGAGGAGGACCCGGUUCGGGAAACCGUUGCUGUGAUACGGGUCGCACCAUCUACACGGAUCCGGUCAGUGGCCAGACGAUCUGCUCCUGCCAGUAUGACAUGCUCAGCUACCAGCGAUUAGCCGCCGCCGGAGGAGUGCCCCUCGGUGUCUAUCCGGAGGGCAUGUCCGCCUACCUCUCCGGCAUUGGAGCCGAUCAGCCGCCGUUCUACGCAAAUCCGGCUGGGAUUGAUCUAAAGGAGAACCUGGUGGCCGGAGCCUCCCCCUGGCCAUAUCCCUCGAUGUAUCAUCCCUACGACGCGGCCUUUGCCGGCUAUCCGUUCAACAGCUAUGGCAUGGAUUUGAAUGGAGCCCGGCGGAAGAACGCCACCCGCGAGACCACAUCCACGCUGAAGGCCUGGCUGAAUGAGCACAAGAAGAAUCCGUAUCCGACCAAGGGCGAGAAGAUAAUGCUGGCCAUUAUCACCAAGAUGACACUGACGCAGGUGUCCACGUGGUUCGCCAAUGCGAGAAGAAGACUGAAAAAGGAGAACAAAAUGACCUGGGAGCCCAGGAACCGUGUCGAUGAUGAUGAUGCCAAUAUCGAUGACGAUGAUGACAAGAACACGGAGGAUAAUGAUCUGUUAGAUGCCAAGGACUCUGGCGUGGGCUCCACGGACGACAAAGACCGCAGUGGUCGCCUUGGUGACAUGCUUGCGGACCGUCCUGGUGAGAGCAACAACAGCGAAUGGUCCGAGUCCCGACCGGGUUCUCCUAAUGGCUCCCCCGAUCUGUACGACCGACCUGGUAGCAUGCCACCCGGUGCCCAUCCGCUCUUCCAUCCCGCCGCCCUGCACCAUCACUUCCGGCCACCGGCGGGCUCCCCCCCGGACAUUGCCGCGUACCAUCAUCACCAGCAGCAGCUGCUGCAACAGCACCAGCAGGCGCAGCAGAACUCGCUGCAGACGGCGGUGGGUGGUACGGCCAAGCCAAGGAUCUGGUCGCUGGCCGACAUGGCCUCCAAGGAUAGCAAGGAGUCGAGCUCGGGGGCUAAGGAUAACCUGGCGGCAGAACUGCCACCCACGCAUCCCGGCUUCUAUGGACAUCCCGGACAGCAGCCAUCGCCGGGUAAGAUCCUGUCCCCGCUGGCGGCUCGGAUACCCAACUACUCGCCCUAUGUCCGCCCGGAUCUGUAUCGGGGAUUCUAUGGACCGGCGGCUGCGCACCUGAGUGCUCCCACGCAGGAGUUCUUGGAGCAUCAGCGUAGCUUUGGGGCCAGUCUGGCGGCGCACAACGGACCGCUGGGCAUGAAUCCGCUGCUGUGGAAGGCGGCGGUAUCGGGAGCCGCCAAUGGACCCCACUUUGCACCGCUCAGUCUGACCACCUCGGGCACUGGUGGAGCGAGUGGGGCCCAGCAUCAGGUGGCGCCACCGCCAGUGGCCUCACCCUCCGCCUCCAGUUCGUCCUCAUCCAUGGGCUGCGAUGUGGUGCACAUACCGACGAGCAGCGGGCAGUCGGCGGCACAGCACAUGAUGGGACCAAUAUCCAGCAACUCCACCGCCUCGUCCUCAUCCUCGCACUCCGGCAAGAUAUCGCCCGGCGUCAAUGUCACCUCGCUGAGUGCAAAGCCAUGACAUCCAUCGGCAUCUCCGGAUCCUGAGACGACGGCGCCAUCGGUUGCCUCGCCCAUC